AUGUCUAAGAGAGCUGCGGACACCGAAGAGUACUCGGCUGCCCUCAAGGCAGGCGAGCGCCCCAUGGCCGACGCCAUCCCGGACGAGGCCGGUGAAUUCGAGGACGAGUUCGAGGAUGAAUUCGAGAGCGAGGACGAAAUUCUGGAGGCCGGUGUCGAUGGUCGCCCAGAUGCAGAGCGCGAGGAGGAAGAGAAAGAGGCGAUGGAUGUCGACAAGCAGACCUUCAUUCCUGGCCGAACGAAAUUGGCACCCGGCGAGACGCUCUCCCCAGACCCGUCCACCUAUGACAUGCUCCAUGCCCUCAACACACCAUGGCCAUGUCUUUCCUUCGACAUAGUUCGCGAUUCGCUCGGUGACAACCGCAAGACCUUCCCCGCUACAGUGUACGCUGUUGCCGGUACCCAGGCAGAUGGCAGAAAGGCCAAGGACAACGAGCUUAUGGUUCUCAAGAUGAGCGGACUGAGCAAGAUGGAGCGUGAAAAUGAGGACUCAGAGUCCGAUUCUGAUGACGACGACGACAUGGGCGAGCCCAUUCUGGAACACAAGUCUAUUCCACUGGGCUCGACAACGAACCGCAUUCGCGCCCACCAAACACCUUCGCAGUCUGCGGACUAUUCCAAGCCCCCACAGACACUGACUGCUACUAUGCUUGAGAACUCCCAAAUUCUUAUUCACGACGUUACUGCGCACCUUCAGAGCUUCGACGUGCCCGGUUACGCCCUCGAUUGGUCUCCUCUACAGCCGCUCGGCAAGUUGCUGACCGGUGACAAUGACGGUCUCAUUUACGCGACCACCCGCACCGAGGGUGGAGGUUGGGUUACCGACAACCGUCCAUUCACGGGGCACCAGUCUUCGGUCGAGGAGCUUCAGUGGUCCCCCAACGAGAAGAACGUGUUUGCCUCUGCCAGUAGCGACGGCAGUGUGAAGGUGUGGGAUGUACGGUCCAAGUCUCGCAAGCCCGCUGUGGAUGUGAUGAUCUCCAAAACCGACGUCAACGUCAUGAGCUGGGCUAAGCAGACUUUCCACUUGUUGGCAACUGGUGCCGACGAUGGACAAUGGGCUGUAUGGGACUUGCGACACUGGAAGCCUAACAAUGCGGGUCAGAUCAGCGCCUCGCCUGUUGCUUCCUUCGAUUUCCACAAGGAGCCUAUUACCAGUAUCGAGUGGCACCCUACUGACGACAGCGUCGUCGCUGUCGGCUCCGCCGACAAUACGGUCACUCUAUGGGAUUUGGCUGUCGAGUUGGAUGACGAAGAGAGCCGACAGGCUGGUAUGGCGGAUAUUCCGCCGCAGCUCUUGUUCGUUCAUUAUAUGGAGUCUGUCAAGGAGGUGCACUGGCACAAUCAGAUGCCGGGUGCGCUGAUGGCAACCGGUGGCAGUGGAUUCAGUGUUUUCAAGACUAUCAGUGUCUAA